AUGGAAGGCAGAAGAUCUUCUCUACAUGAUGUUGCCAAAUCAGUCGCCCAAGCUCUUGUCCGUGGCGAAUCCGUAGCAGCUGGCGAACAGGUGACCAUCUACUUCAGCGACAUCUGUGGGUUCACUGCGUUGUCCGCGGCUAGUACUCCAAUGCAGGCUAUUGAUCUGUUGAACGACCUCUACACGACGUUCGAUUCCAUCAUCGAAAACUUUGAUGUCUAUAAAGUUGAAACCAUAGGAGAUGCUUACAUGGUGGUGUCAGGACUUCCGGUGAGGAAUGGAAAUAUUCAUGCCGGGGAAAUUGCCCGGAUGUCGCUUUCCCUGCUAGAUGUUGUUCUGUCUUUCAAAAUUCGCCAUCGACCUGAACAACAGAUGAAACUGCGGAUUGGCAUUCAUUCAG